UAUGGAUCCUAGAAAAUGUAAAGAAGUUUCCGCAACCCGUGAUGGUCUCAAAGAAGCUGCUUUAUGGGCAGUUAAUAGUAAAAAAACCAUCCACUACACUCAAGAGUAUCAACGAUGGUCCGGAAUUAGAAAUCAAGUAUGUCCCAAAGUAGAUGUGCCACCUCACGCUGAUUGCAGUUCUUUUGUUACAUGGCUAUAUUGGAGUGCCUUCGGUUCUGGUCCAGAUUAUCUUAACGAUGCUAAUUGGACUGGCGGUUAUACCGGAAGAAUGGCUGACCACGGAAAAAAAAUUUCUUUGUCUGAAGCCCAGCCAGGGGAUCUUGUCCUAUAUGGUACAGCCAAAAAAUUAGCACAUGUAGCCAUGUAUGUCGGAAAUAAUGAAGUUGUUAGUUUUGGUCAGACUGGGCCAGCCCACCUUCUUGACGUUCAUUACCGUAAUGAUUUUAUUCAAGUUAGAUCCUAUCCUAAAUUUUUCGGUGAAAGUUAA